UCUUCUUCCUUCCUUCCAGCGUUUUCAAUUUGGCGAUGGCGGUUUACACAGAAGAAGAAGAAGUUUGGAAAUGUCCAAAACACCCAUCGAAACGCCGACGAAGUGGGAUUUGUCCAAUUUGUCUUCGCGACCGUUUAAUCGCUCUCUGUCCCGAUUGUCGUAACGCGCGUCCUUGUUCUUGCUGUUUAAUCACUUCAUCUUCUUCCUCUGCUUCCUCUUCUUUCUCUCUCUUUUCCUCUUCCGGUCGCGGAGGUUCUGCUAGAUCCUCCAAUGUUGCCGCCGGAGAACCCUCUUUUAUCCGAUCUAGAUCCCUCGCAAUCCCUUUUCUCAGGACAAAAGUCCCAGAUUCCUGCGACGGAACGCCGGCGAGGAGUAAAUCUUCGUUUUGGUGGGGGUUUAUGAAGCAGAAACGGAGAAAAGAAGAGGAACGGAGUAAGAUUGAUGAGGGUUUUGAUGAUUCGAUUCCGGCGAUUAUGAGAAGAUCGCAAUCGGUUAGCGUUUUGGCGUCUAGAAAUUCAGACGGCGGCGGCGGUGGCGAUGGGAAAUCAUCGUUAUCGUGGAUGAGGAAAGGAAAGGGUUGGCAUUUUCCAAGUCCGAUGAAUGUUUUCCGGCAAUCGGCGUUGAAUAGAGGUUGUUGACGAAAAAAAAAGGGGAUUUUUUUGAUUAGUAGUUAAUUUACGAUAUUGAAAAGUCUACUAGUAAAGUUGACCAUUAUUAAAGAUAGGGUCUUGUUUGGAUUUUCAUCUAUGGGUCUAAGUUUUCUAUUUUCUAACCACAAUAUAUUAUAAUAUAUUAUAUCUUUUGGUUCAAAGUUUGUUAAUGUAUUGUUUUUACCUUUUAAGUGGUGUUGGUGGGUUCAUAAUAAUGUAGAGAAAAAGAA